CGCUGCUGCCGCUCUAAUCAUCGGUAUAGUUCAGUCGCUGCUGUCUCUGUAUACACUAGAUCCAAAUAGAUUAGAUUAGAAACACUGACUUAUUCACGGUCAUGUAGUGGCGAAAUUUGAAAAAAUAUUAUUGUAAAGAAAUGUGUGGUGGUGUGGCAUAUACAUAUACUCCAUAUUGAUAAUAUUGCAGAUCCCAAUCCUUAAAAAUUAUGGCACACGCACAUGACACACACACACACACACAAUAUUGAUGCAUCUCUACAAAUAAAAAUCCAAGAAAGAGAGCGUGGUCAUUUCGUCAUCGUUCCUAUUCCCAAGACCACCAAACAGAGAGACUGAGGCCCCCCUCCCCUCCACUAAAAUAAUUAACUGUUUCAUUACCAUAUGCAUAUUUAGUUACUACAUUUUUAAGUAUCUCUAUCACCACUGCGCUCCCCUCCCUCUCUUCCUCAUUUUCAGCGCUUGUCUCAUUCAUUCAUGGGCAGAGAGUGGCUUUGCGCCUCCUCCAGAAGGCGGAGGGCCAAGCAGGAGGAGAGCACCUCCGCCGGUUGCAUGUGUGCCGUUUUUCAGCUCUUCGAUAUCCCUCUCAAUCACCAACAUUCCCUUCAUCCUUUUCUUCAACAAGAAGCCACCACAUUUCAACUUCAAGGAGUGGAGGCGCCAAGAAACAGCUUGGAGCUGGAGGAGCCGCCCCCCAUUAAACAACAAGAGAAUUUAAAUUUCCCAGGUGGGAUACAGAUCAAAACAAGAGCAUCGAUUUCCAGAAAAGAGGAUUCCGAGAGCAUUGAUUCACCCUCAACGAAGACCCCAAAUCUUGUAGCCAGGCUAAUGGGGCUGGAUUUGCUUCCAGAAAGCAACAGCAGCUCCCCUUCAUUCUCCUGUCCAGCAAAAUCCCAUCUCAACCAAACCAGAUGCUUCUACGACGACGACAUCAAAGUCGGCGCUCGCUCCCUGCCGGAAACGCCCAGAAUGGAGUACCACCGCCUCUCGCUGCAGAUAAACAAGGAGAACAGCAACAACACAAACGAUGAAUUCAAAAGCCCAAGGUCCAGAUUCCGACAACAAGAUGAGAACAGAAGCCCGGGGCAUUACGCGAAGCAGAUUUUGAAGCAAGUUAAAGAGAGCGUGAGCAGAAGAGUGGGGCUCGUCGACAUCACCAACACAAACAGAGACGAAAUCCGAAGAGAUCAAAAUCUCAUCAUCAAACUCUCCAAGAAGAACUCCAUCGCCGCCAACGAUACCAAGCAAUCAUCGCCCAAGUUGAGGAUUUCAGACACCAACAAAAGUCCAAGAAACUCAACUUCUUCCGACACUAAUCCGCCGCCACCGUCCAAGCCUAAGCAUCAGCCUCCUCACAAGGAAAACAGCAAAGUGAGGGUGAAAAUAGGCCCAAAAACAAGCGAUCAAGCCAUCAGAAACAAGAAAGAAGAGGCAUUUGUCCGAUCGCCGGCACCGAACAAAAUGAACUCUUCGGAGAAGAAAAAGAAGUCCAAGAAAGCUCCAUUGUCGAGUGAGUUCAUUCAUUUAAGUGGUCCCACAAUUGUGCCGGUCAAGAAAGGUCCUUCCCCUCCUGCAACUAAACUACCUCAAAAACAGGUAUCAGAUGCUCUUUCAUCGAAAAGGAACACACAGUUAUCUAGUGAUACGAGCCGGUCGUACAAGCAGCCGGAUAAAAUAUUCGCCACAGCGCCACACAGCGGUAACGGUCGCGCCACCGCCUCCGCGGAGGAAUACAGAUGCUACAUCCAGAAAAUCCUCAAACGCUCCGGCAUAAUCGACAAAUUAACCCCGCUAACUCUAGGCAAAUGGCACACCCCUUCCCACCCCUUGGAUCCCUCAAUUUUUUACUACCUCGAGCUCUUCCACCCCGCCGCUGCCCCCUCCGCCGCCGUCAUCAGCCGCCGCUGCAACCGGAAGCUGAUUUUCCAGCUGGUGGACGAGAUCCUGGCUGAUAUUUUGAGGCCGCACUUGGAUUACAAGCCCUGGAUUCAUAAAUCUCCGCCCGAUCAAUUCUCUUUGGUCGAUGAUCUGUGUGAGAGGAUUGGGAAUUUUCCGUCGAAGGACUGUCAGGUGCUUGAAGAUAUUGACUUGUUGGUGGAGAAGGAUCUAAGGAAGACGGCGAUGAAUGGGUAUUUUGAGGAGGAAGGGGAGCGGUUGGUGCGUGAGGUGGAAGCUGAGAUUGUGGAGCGGUUACUGAUUGAAACGGUGGCGGACGGAGUCCGUACGGAGAGGCAGAGGAGGUGGGCGGCACGUGACCAGAUUCCACGUCAGGGAAUCAUCCACGUGGCAUAAUGGAUUGUUGUACAAAAUUACCAAUAACUACUUUUUUUUUGUUAAAUAUAUAUAUGUUUUUUUUAAUCUUCCUUUUUUUUAUUCUCAAGCUCUCUAAUUAUGAUUAAUGUACUUAAUUAAAUUCCUAGCUAUGAAUCAUAAGGUUGUGUUAAUUGCAAAA